GAAAUUCAUAACGCUCGAAUCAAAGCCCAAUAGAAAAUAGAAAAUAGAAUGACAAAAAUAAUAAAAUAAAAAAGCUAGAAAACCCUGCUGGAUUGAACCUCCUUCCUCGAGAGGCCAAAAACCUUAAACCCUUUGACCCUCCACCGCUAGCGAUAGAGAGAGAUGGGAAGUACAAGCAAAGACCUUCUGCAAUUGGAGCACAAGAAGGCCUUAACUUCACCCAUUGAAUCCACACUACUUGUUUGUAAAAAUGACUCACAGGCUUGUCAAACAAAGAAGCCUCAACCUGAAGGGAAACCCAUCGGUGUUCCUAUUAUCAAAAGCCAAGUUUUGGGAAAAAUAAGGGAUUUCUUAGGAGUCAUAUCAGAAGCUAAUGAAAGAUUAGAAAAGGAUGCAAAGGAUAAUUCAAAAAACUAUGAUAUUGAAGCGCUCACUGGAAAUGAAUCUCAAGUCAUUGAAAUGGAUUUAAUGCUGGGUGUUGCUGAUCUUCAAACUCCCGAGGCUGUGGCUGCUGCGGAAUCUGCCAUUUCUGGUUAUCAGCCUGUUAUUCCAUUGGCCGUCAGCAGUAGUGAAGAGGAGUCACAGGAUAGCAGUGACAACGAUAGUAGCAGUGAUGAGGAUGACGAUGAUAGUAGCAGUGAAGAGGAUGAAAGUGAUGAUGAGGAUAAGAAAACAUCAUCUCCCGUCAAACUCAAAACACCCAAGUCUGACAAAGAUAAUUCGAGUGAUGUUCGUAACGGCCGGUCCAAAAAGCGGCCAAAAAUUGUUGAGCUUCCUUGAAAUCAUGUGAGAUCUAGUUCUAGUAGUAUCUGUGAGUUUCAGGAAUCAUCAAUUUAUCGUAAUAGUUGGGCAAGUCUGAAGACUUCCAUAGUGAGCGAAGGGAAUAUGAUGAACGGUUCUGGGAGUAUCUAUAAAAAGUUGUUGACUGUGGUAUAAUUUAAUACGUAAUUUCUUUUCA